CCAAGCAAGCAAACGCGGUUGCCGGCUUUGCCGCCUGCAACACUGCGAUACAAACACACCCCACGGUCAUGGACGACGUACGUACGUGUCUCCUCCAUAAAUCACCAGACUACCUGCACUAAACUAGCUCUGCACCCCGCCACCGGGUCGCGCGCGUCGUUGAAACGUCACACCUAGCUAACUGCACUGCACUUCUGCGUGUCUGCGUCGUGUACUCGUGUGCUUUGGUGUUUUAAUUUCUCUCUAUUUUGCUCUGCUGCUGCCAUGCCGUGGUCGUGCGGCUGGUGCGGGAGGUGGAGGAGGAGCAGCGGCGGAAGAGGAGGAGGCGCUGAUCGUGAGGCCAACGGCGGUGGCGGCGGCGGCGGCGGCGGGGCGGCGUCGGGGAGGGAGGAGGAGCAGUGGAGCCUCUUCAUCGAGCUGCCCGUGCUGGAGGCCGCCACCCGUGGCUUCUCCGACGACAACCUCCUCGGCCGCGGCGGAUUCGGCCCCGUCUACAAGGGGGUGCUCGAGAAUGGGCAGGAGAUCGCCGUCAAGAAGCUGUCGCUGGAGUCACGGCAAGGUGUGAGAGAGUUCUUGAACGAGGUGAGGCUGCUGCUCAAGGUGCAGCACAGGAACCUGGUCUCCCUGCUCGGAUGCUGCGCUUCCUCCGGUCACAAGAUGCUUGUCUACCCUUACUUCCCAAAUGGCAGCCUCGACCACUUCCUCUUCGACAGAAAGAAGAGCGUGCAGCUGGAUUGGCCCAAACGCUACCAAAUAAUCGUCGGCCUAGCGAGAGGCCUCCUCUACCUCCACGAGGAAUCCCCCGUCAAGAUCAUCCACCGAGACAUCAAGGCAAGCAACGUGCUCCUCGACGAACAGCUGAACCCAAAGAUUUCAGAUUUCGGCAUGGCAAGGCUCUUCCUCGAGGACGCCACGCACGUCAACACCUUCCGGAUUUCCGGCACAUAUGGUUACAUGGCUCCAGAGUACGCGAUGAACGGCUACCUGUCUACGAAAACCGACGUUUUCAGCUUCGGGAUGCUGGUGCUGGAGAUCGUCAGCGGGAGGAAAAACAUCGAUAAACAUCUCGACGCCGAAAAAACCGACCUCCUGAAUUACACAUGGAAGCUGUCAGAGGAAGGGAGGCAGAUGGAGAUCGUGGACCCGGCGAUGGCGGAGUGGGACGCCGACGAGGCGCGGCUGUGCGUGCAGCUCGGGCUGCUGUGCUGCCAGGCCGUGGUGUCGGACCGGCCGGACAUGUACACCGUCCACCUCAUGCUGUCCAGCGACUCCUUCACGCUGCCCAAGCCCGGCAAGCCGGCGAUCCACGGCCGGGUCGGCCGGUGGAUGAGCACCACCACCACGGCGUCCUCCGCCGCCUCCACCGCCAACACGGCCACCACGCUCGGCACCGACACGAUGACGACGAGGGCGUCGGCGUCGGCGGCGGCGCUGGGCGGCAUUGCCGAGGACGACUCCAGGAACUCCAUCUCGAUCUCCUUCACCACUGAAGGCCGGUAAAACAAGACAGGAAUUCAACCAUGGACAGUGCAAGUAGUAGGUUAGAUAGAUAGUGUCGGAAUUUUUUAUCCAAAUAAUUGUGUUUUGAUUGAUAUGAACAGGAGUACAGUUGCUGUGAAUUAAUUGGCAGUGCAUAUGCACAGAAUUUUGCAUUUGGGGCAAUCCAUUCUGACUCA